AUGACUAAAGCAAGGAACAAAGCAAACCUGGAGCACCUGCAGAACAAAGAAUACCAUCGAAUGAAGCAAGCAGCUGAAAAAAAGAGAACCAUGAGUUAUAUCCCCUUUCACCUCCUAGCAGUACGCACACCCAAGCCUUCCCCAGCCCCAGGGGCACCCCGGCCUCUCGAGUCCCGUCUGCAGAGCCAGAGCCAGCGAGCUCCAGAGGCAAAGCCAGCGAGGCCGCGGAGCCAGAGCCAGCGAGGCCGCGGAGCCAGAGCCAGCGAGGCCGCGGAGCCAGAGCCAGCGAGGCCGCAGAGCCCAGGCAGGUCUCGCCACCGCUCCCUUCCCCGGCCGGCAUGCAGCGGGACCUCGCUCACAGGGAAGGGAGGAAGGGUAACGGUGCAGAGGAACUGCACACCGAGGCGCCCCAGGCAGCAGCGGCUGGAAAUGGUGCCCCGGCUCGGCCGUCCGCUCUGGCUGGCCCGGUUGUCACCCGAGAGUGACAAAGAGGAAGGAGGGAACUGCGGUGCUGAAGUGGGUCACACGACUCCCUCGUUUGGAAAAAUCCCGAAACGAUGGUAUGCCACCUUCCCUCUGCAGCACGUCAGUCCCUUGUUAACCAUUUAAUCAAUUGGUUACAAUACACAGAACUGGCCAUCUUACGUAGGCCUCUCUCCAUUUAAGAUUACAGCGCUUGCCGGUGCUACGGUAUAGUCGGCGCCCUUGCUUUUAGCUUGCAUUUUUGCAUGGGUGUUCAGUAUUUAGCUCCCUUUACGUCCGGAAGCACCUGCCCGAGCAAGGCCAGCUGCGUGCCCUGCCGCCAGGUCCCUCCGGGGCGCGGGCGGGCGGCGGUGGCAGCCGGGUCCCUCCCGCCGUCCCUGCCCGCGGG